UAGUGUUUAGUUCGGUUUCGUUGGCCAAAGGUGACGCAUUGUUAACGGAGUGCCACUGCCACUGCCACUGCCGCUGUCCAGUUCCGCACCGGCUUCACUUCCUCUCUGACCAAGAAAUUUUGGCAACACGUGUUGGCCGAUAAUUGCCGGGACGGAGAAUUGUACGCCGGCUCUCUCUCUUGGUCGCAGAUUCUCCACCGCCGGGAGCAAAGUACACGUCAACGCAGCAAAGAGUCUCGAUUUCGGCAGUCUAGUUCUCGGGAACUGCUGAGUGUUUUUCGGUGUUUCGACAUCACGAGAUAGUGCCAAAAAGCAUAGCUGUUCCGAUUUAGUGAUUCAUUGUACCGGCAGCGCUCGACGAAGACAGCUGCGCGAAAGGCAUUUGCAAUUCGGAUUCGGAAUCUAAGGAAGGGCCUCCACCAUGGGCUACGAUGAGGCAAUCGUCCAUCUGGGCGAAUUCGGACGCUACCAGAAGAUCAUCUACUUCCUCAUCUGUCUGACCUCCAUUCCAGUGGCCUUUCACAAGAUGGCCGGGGUGUUCCUCCUGGCCAAGCCCGACUUUCGGUGUGCUCUGCCCUUCGAGAACGGCAGUAGCUACGAGUUGCCGCCCCACCUGUGGAACCUCUCGUAUCCCCAAGGAGUAUCCGGGGUGUGCGCCUACUACGAUGUGGAGUACUCGGAGGAGUACCUCAAUGGCAGCCUGCCCCGGACCACAAACGAAACCAAGAGCUGUUCCAGCUACGUGUACGACCGGAGCAAGUACUUGAACAGUGCCCUCACCGAAUGGGAUUUGGUCUGUGGCCGGGCCUUCAUGACCUCCAUCAGUGAAAACGUCUUCAUGUUUGGCGUGUUCCUGGGCAGCAUUGUGUUCGGACAACUGAGUGACAAGUACGGGCGCAAGCCUAUCCUCUUCGCCUCGCUGGUCAUCCAGGUGCUGUUCGGAGUUGUGGCAGGAGUGGCGCCGGAGUAUUUCACCUACACGCUGGCGCGUCUGAUGGUGGGGGCCACCACGUCCGGAGUGUUCCUGGUGGCCUACGUGAUCGCCAUGGAGAUGGUGGGACCCGACAAGCGCCUCUAUGCCGGAAUCUUCGUGAUGAUGUUCUUCUCCGUGGGCUACAUGCUGUCGACGUUAUUCGCCUAUUUGGUCCACGACUGGCGUAACCUGCAGAUUGCCCUCACCCUGCCGGGACUCAUCUUCCUGUCCUACUACUGGAUCAUUCCGGAAUCCGUCCGCUGGCUGCUCUCGAAGGGCCGAAAAGAUUGCGCCAUAGCCAAUAUGCAGAGGGCGGCGCGUUUCAACAAAUUGGAAAUCAGCAACGAGACCUUGAGCGACCUGCUGGAUGAGGGCGAAGCUGCUGUGGAGAAGGCCAAGCAGAAGCUGGAGGAUCCGGACCGAGAUGAGGGGCCACCACCCUCCGUGUGGGAUCUCUUCUGCUACCCCAAUCUCCGCAGGAAGACGCUGCUCAUUUUCUUUGACUGGCUGGUGACCAGUGGCGUGUACUACGGUAUCUCGUGGAACACCAGCACCCUGGGUGGCAAUGAGCUGUUGAAUUUCGUGAUCUCCGGAGCCGUGGAAAUACCAGCCUAUAUCUUCCUGCUCCUGACCCUAGAUCGCUGGGGCAGGCGAUCGAUCCUGUGCGGCUCCUUAGUGCUGGCAGGACUCAGUCUCCUGGCCACGGGCAUCAUUCCGGUGAGUAUGCACAGCCUCAUUGUGGCAUGCGCCAUGCUGGGCAAACUGGCCAUCACCGCCUCGUACGGAACCGUAUACCUAUUCUCCGCCGAACAGUUUCCAACUGUGGUGCGGGCUGUGGGCAUGGGCGCCGCCUCGAUGGUGGCCCGUAUCAGCGGAAUGGCGGUGCCCUACCUCAAGGAUUUGGCCGUCAUUUGGGCACCGCUGCCGCUGUUGAUCUGCGGAUCUUUCUCGCUGACUGCGGGAUUGCUGACCCUCUUGCUGCCGGAGACGCACAACAAGCCCAUGUUGGAGACCAUUGCGGAUGGAGAAAGCUUUGGAAAGAAGACCAAGGGUGAUGUCUACCUGGAAACGGGCCACCAACAGCUACAGACACCGGAGUCGCAGCCGCUCAAGGGAUUGGUUGACACAAAGGGAAUCAAGAGCAACGGCCACAAGUUCUAGGUACAAUCUCACCUAACUCAAUAUAACGUUUAUAGAAAUGUAACGAAAUUAGAAACUAAAGGUUACAGGGCAUCUAGAAUUCGGCCAGGCCAAAUGCUGGGCAUUUAACGUAAAAUAGUAGACCAAGUAUUAUAUCAUUUCUGAAAUCUCAAACGCAACCAAAAAAGAGAAGACAACAAGACAAAAAAAAAGAAUCAAUCAAUUAGAUCAUGUCCACGUUAGCAUUUAGCCAGGGAGCAGUGAACUUAUCAAGGGGUAAAAAUUGCAAGGAUUAGGGGUGGUUUUCCCUGGGAAAUCACCUGAAAAAUACAGAAAAAUUCCUACUACCCCGAGUCGCUGCAAAAUAUAUUCCUAAAUCUAUUUAAUUUUAAUUUAGCAAUUACAUAUAUAAGUGUAUUCUACGGAGAUGAUUUUGAAAUAAAAUGUCGU